GGAGCCCUGCGGUCCUGCACACACUCCUGGCUUUCAGCCCCCUGUGAUUGAGCCCUCGUUCAGGAAAUGGGCGUGCUGCCGGGGACUCCGCCCGCCGGCAGACACCAGCCGGCCGGUGAGCAUGGAGAAGGACGCUCGUAGCUGAGUCACAUUACACAAGACCUCUGUUAUGAGAACCGGUAACUCUGGCUGUGCGCAGUCUGCACAUGCAUGUCACCGGUGCUGCUGAGCUGGGGCCGGCAUCCACUGGCUGGCAUUAUUUCAUCUGGUCGUUAAAUUUUUUUUUCCAGGAAGUACUGAUCAUGAUCUCGGCAAUCGUGUAGGUUUCAUGUGUUAUAUGAUAUUCGGAAGAGGUCCAGUCGGCUGAAUCGGCGGGGGUGUGAGCAGGCCUGUCCUUUACAGUGAAUGCGCGAUCGCUCUUGUGGAGAGCAUCCUAGUUAGAAUUGGGGAUCCAAAACCCCAUGCCUUUAAUCUACACAUCUACCCGCCUUAUGGAGAUGGAGAGCUCAAAGCCACCCUGUGAUGAGAGGGACUGUGACGUCCGACCUUUGGAUGCCAAAAGCAUCGCCGGCGCGGAGGCUCAGAGACCCACGUGGAGCGGCCAGCUGGAGUUCAUCCUGGCCACGGUGGGCUACGCGGUGGGUCUGGGCAAUGUCUGGAGAUUUCCGUUUCUGUGCUACAGCAGCGGUGGAGGUGCAUUCAUAGUCCCCUACCUCGUCAUGGUGCUCCUUUGCGGCAUUCCUCUGCUCUUCAUGGAAUUUGCUAUCGGGCAGUAUAGUCGUUUAGGGCCAGUUCACGCUCUCGCCAAGAUCUGCCCUUUGCUAAAAGGUGUGGGUCUGGCCACAGUUGUCAUCUCCUUCAUAUUCAGCACCUACUACAACAUACUCAUGAGCUGGGCACUUUACUAUUUGUUCAACUCAUUCCAAGCUUCUCUUCCGUGGACAUCCUGCAACAACACUUGGAACGUUGUCGAAAACUGCUCCAAUGGUUUCCCUGGCAACAGCACCCACCUCCAGUCCUCCAGCCAGCAGUUCUUUGAUCACAAACUUUUGGAGAAGACCAGUGGCAUUGAAGAACUUGGUGGCAUCCGCUGGGAACUCUUUGGCUAUCUUCUUAUUGCUUGGGUCAUCAUUUAUUUCUGCAUAUUCAAAGGGGUCAAAUCAACAGGCAAGGUGGUGUAUUUCACUGCUGUCUUUCCAUACUUCAUCCUGUUUGCGCUGCUCAUCAAUAAUGUUCAGCUGCCCGGAGCGAAGGAUGGUAUUCUCUACUUUAUCACACCUGUCUGGAGCAGACUGUUUGAAGCAAAGGUAUGGGUUAAUGCAGCAGCACAGGUUUUUAACUCACUAGGGAUAUCAUUCGGAUCCAUGAUUUCAAUGGCCAGCUAUAACAAGUUCAACAACAACAUUCUCAGGGAUGUUUUGAUUGUGUCAUUAGUCAAUUCAUUCACCAGUGUCCUGGCCGGCUUUGUGAUCUUCUCGGCCAUUGGCUACAUGGCUUACAUACAUAACCUGCCAGUGGACAACAUAGCUACAGACGGUCCUGGUUUGGUGUUCGUGGUGUACCCAGAGGUCCUCCCCACCAUGCCUGUCUCUCAGCUAUGGGCCUCACUGUUCUUCUUUAUGCUGCUCUGCUUGGGCCUGGACAGUCUGUUUGGUAACGUGGAGGUGAUGGUGACGUUCUUACGGGAUGAGUUUGGAGCCAAUAUUAUGCGCUUCUUAAAGAGAGAGGAGUUUCUCGUCCUGGCUGUGUGCAUUGUCAGCUUUCUGUUGGGGAUUCCUCAUAUUACAAAGGGAGGGAUUUACAUGUUUCAGCUGAUGGACCACUGCACCGCUGUAGUCUCGCUCAUGUUUUUGGCGUUCUUUGAAGUUGUGACUGUUUGCUGGAUCUUUGGUGUGCCACGACUGUCCUUAAUGACCAAGAGAAUGCUAGGCCAAUCUCCAAGCAUCUACUUCCGCCUGUGCUGGCUGCUGCUUUGUCCUUUGCUGGUGUUGGUCAUACUGACCUCCAGCAUUGUUCAGUACGCCCCUCCUCGCUAUGGGAAUUACGCAUAUCCACUGUGGGCUGAAUGGAUGGGCAUGGGCAUCUCACUGGCUUCUGUGGUGUGGGUCCCUCUUGGUGCAAUUCAUGAGAUCUACAACAGCAAGGGAUCACUUGUCCAGAGACUUAAAACAGCCAUAACUCCAACUUUGGACCUGGAUGCUGUGGAUCCUCUGCUGGAGAAACAAAACCUUGACAAUCCGAUGUCUGAAAAAUUGUUUACUUCAAGAGUAUGACCCAAGACACAACCACGACUUUCUGUGUGUCCUAUAACAAGACAUAAAUUAAUCUUUUUUUUCUAAAGAUGUAAGUUUAAAACAACUGUCAUUUAUAGAUCUUUAUAAAACUGAGACUGCCUAACUUGCACUUCAUACCGUAAAAUGUUAUAUUUCAGACAAAUGCUAAAGGAUGAAUUCUUUCCCUUUUGUGUGGGCGUUACAGCUCAUGGAACCUGUCUUUAUUGCAUGCUUUAGUCAAUCAGUCACUGCUCUAUUAUACUGUAUUUUUUCUCCGGUUGUGCAGAAAGUUAUUGAGUUUGUAUAGCUCGAAACUUUACAGAAGUUGAGGCAGUCAUGAAGUUUAAUUUUUUGUAUUUGUAUUUGAAAUACAAAUUUAAAAGCUUUCUAUGGCCUUUCAUUGGUCCUUGAACAUAUUGGCAUGAACAGUAAUCAUAUUACAACAUUGGCUUUCAUCACAAACUCCUAACGGUGAGUUUGUGAUUGAAGAGGUCAGGACAGCAGGUUAAUGGUAUACUGAUGUGUACUGGAAUGGAUUUUGGCUUGAGAAUAAUUUUAAAUUAUGAGCUGACUACGUAGCCGGUAAUCAGUCACAGCUAAAAGGUGCGUGGAUGGUACGUGUUAAAUAUAUACAUAUUAGGUUUUUUAAAUUAUAAGAGGUGCCUUUGAUCUGCUGCUAUGGAGCUCUAAUGAAAGAAUAAAGUUAAAUGUUAAUCAGGUGGGUUUCACCCUUUUUGGAAGCUGUGGUUUUGCUGUCUGUUUGCACUGAAACGUUUCAGUUAAUCACUAAUUUCAGUUUAAUCACUAAUCCAUGUGAUAGAAACAUGAUUUAUUUAAUUCCAAAGUUUAGGAUCACAGAGUACUUAUGGGCAACGUUUCAGCGUCUGACCUUUCCCUAAGAGACUGAACUCUGAUUUCUUUCAGUGGGUGUAGAGAGUUCAUUUGAUGUGGGAAUUUUAUGUCUGUGAAGCGUAGCUUUAAAUGGCCAUAGCAACUCUGAGUGUUAAAAGUAGCAAAAUUACACUUUUCUGUUGUUUGUUAGCUUGUUUAAUGUUUUUUUAGAUUCUUUGUUUAUAAUCCCAAAAAACGGCUUUUGUUUUGUGUGCCUGUAAUGCCAAACAUGAUAUAAUAUGUUCUGGUAAUUCAUGCAUUUAACAUCUGAGUAUGAAUAUUAUUUUUUCAAGUUUUUUGUUUUAUUCAUCACCGUUUAAGGUUAUGCUUUGGAUUUGUAUCUGUUUUUGUAUAUAUGCAAAUUAAGAAAAAUACCUGUUGCUUGUUUUAUGUUCAUGUUGCGAGUUUCAUGUGAGCUUUUAGUGGGUAAUUUUCCAUUUUUUUGUAGUGUGUCUCCCUGAAACCAAAACAUUUUAAUUUAGCAUGAUUUUUAAGAUGACUGUUUUAUUUGAUCAUAAAAUGAGUUGGCUCUGAAGGGCAAGGCUGGUUCAAAAUCCCUGUGGGUCCCAGAGUAUGCUAAUUAAUGUGGGUUUACAAUGAUAACAUUGCAUAUAAGUAUGAGUU